CCAUUUAUGUUUCGCCCACCAUUCCAUUCCGAAUUCGGAAUUCACAUCCACUUCCACCUCAACGACCCCAACGCCCAAGCUCAUUCUCCACACCCACUGCCACCUCGUCCCCGCAGUGCGAACAGACCCAGAGCACUUAAUCAUGCGAGUCUUGUUGCAGAUUAACUCAUUACUUAACACUUUUCCACCGACCGAAGAAGUCGACGACGACUACGACUGACGGAUGUUGAUGAGCAUAAUUGUGUGGCCACAGUGUAAAUCGGAAAGGCCGGCUAAACGGGCCAGAUGAAGACGACAACACCUACAAAUCAGCAAAAGGCUAAAGAUUUGGAUUGAUACAUUGAGAAAAUGAAAGUUGUGGUUUGUAAUUCGGAUUCUUAAUUACCUGAAAAUGAUCCUUAAAUUGCGAUUUCUUUACUUCACUUAACACCCUUCACUAUAUUCCAACUUUCUUUAAGGUUUUUCUAUUUGAUACACUUCAAACAUUCUUUUUAAAACUUUCAUUAUUAGAACUUCUUGUUUUCCCUCAGUGCAUUACCCCAUGUGGGGGCGUGUCCAUCGACAUCGAUUUGGCCUGUUGCGUGCGUUUGGGGGAAAUGUUUCAAAAUUGAUGUUCACCUUCUGCCAUGUUUGCCAACCCCCCCUUGAAAUUCGUGGGACUUUCCUGCUAAUGACUCUGAAUAUGUUUUGUUGGGCUUGUGGCAUUAACAUUCCUUUGCAGCCGAAAAAUGUCUCUCAGAAAACAGAACAUAUAUAAAUUGCGCAAUCAGGCUUAAGUAGAAUCCAUCCAAAAGUAAGUAGCUCGUCGAUGUCACUGGAAAUGGUUUGAGUUUUCUUUUUUUUUCGGGGGGAUUGGCUGGCUUGAAGUGCAUUUGCGGUUAAUUAUGCUUACAAAGAUUUUGUGUGGCAUAUUGGGGAAUUAAUAUUAAUGAUCUGCGAUGGAAAUCAAGCAAACUCCGAGGUUCAUUUGCAUAAGGAAGUCAAGAGACGUCAAUUGAGAGGAAUUGAGAAGAAGGAAGUAAAAAGAAAAUUAUAGGGGAAAGGAACAAAGUUCAACGGGUGAUGGAUUGUUAUUUUAAGUUAAGAAAAUAUCAAGAAACAAAAUAAACAAAUUUUUUAGGCAAUCAAAGAAUGGAAUAUCAAACUUGUUUUCUCAAUUAAAAAACUUAUUAUUCCGUGGCCAUAUUUAACCCACAACUUUUCAUAGCAAUAAAAUUAUUCAAAUUUUCCCAAAAAAUUUGUUAUAAUUAUUUAUUGCAACUUAAUUCAUGAACAAAUUUAUUCUGGAUAAACUCAAAGUACUCGAAAAUACUUUCCCGUUUAUUAUUUAUUGAAUUCAUAACUCAGUCGAGUUUCUAUUUCAACAGGCAGGAUUUAUGUGAUUUCUAGGCAAAAUUUACAAGCAUUAAUUGAACAAAACUCUCACGCACACACAUCGGGCCAUAUAAAAUGCGGCUGACAGACGUCAGAAUGGAGAAAUGCGUAGAUAACUACUGAGAAAUCAAAGCGAACCACUCCCGAAAACCCCCU